AUGCUCGAGUCAUGCUUGACAUUCGAGCCGUAUUUUUCUGAAUUUGAAGACUACUCGUUCUUUGACAGCAGGGAAAAUUCUGUUUAUGUCUUUGGCCAUGAGUUUAAGUCAAGAAGCGAGAUGGAAAAACUUAAAAAUUAUGUUAUGUCAAGACUGUGGUUCACUUACAGGAAGAAUUUUCGUCCGAUAGGUGGUACUGGUCCAACAAGUGAUCAAGGCUGGGGAUGCAUGUUACGUUGCGGACAAAUGCUUUUAGCACAGGCACUAAUUGUACUUCAUCUUGGUCCAAACUGGAUAUGGAAUCGCGAAAAAAAGGAAGAGGAUUACAAAAAGAUUUUGAGAAUGUUUCAGGACGAUAAAAAUGCGCUUUAUUCUUUACACCAAAUAGCUCAGAUGGGAGUGUCGGAAAAAAAAGAAGUUGGUGAAUGGUUCGGACCAAAUACUGUAGCCCAGGUUCUGAAGAAACUCACUGUGUACGACGACUGGUCAAAACUAGCAGUCCACGUGGCUCUUGACAACCUUUUAAUUGAAAGCGAUGUUGAAAUAGUGGCUUGUUCGAAACCUCCGAAGCUAGCUAAAAAUGAGCUACCUGGUGAAAAAGCUACGUUCAGUAGUACUGACACUGGACGUGAAAAUCGUGGUCAGUCUCAAAUCAUUUUUUUAGUAUUAGAUCCAUCAGCGUUUCAAGUGGAAAAUAGUAAAUUUUCUGAAGAUGGAGAUUCUGGUGGAAAUAGAUUAUGGAGACCACUUCUGAUUAUUGUGCCUUUGAGACUAGGUUUAACAACUAUCAACCGUUGCUAUUUACCGGCUAUCCAGGAAUUUUUUCGCUUACCGCAGUGCGCUGGAAUUAUAGGUGGUCGUCCGAAUCAUGCACUUUAUUUUAUUGGUAUCGGUGAUGAGGAGAUGGUUUAUCUUGACCCUCACGUCUGCCAGCCGUUUAUUAAUCUGUCCGAUGAAGUAUAUGAUCCUAAGAAAGAAAGCGCACCAGACGCGCACCCCGACUCCGAGAAGGGAAGUUUAACAGAUAUAUUAUUUGACCCUAAGGAAGAAUGUUCAACUAAUGAACUGCCUACUGAAGUUUUCGACGACACUUCUUACCACUGCCCUUGUCUCCUGCACGUUUCUUAUAGUAGCAUGGAUCCGUCACUUGCGUUAGCUUUUAUAUGCCCGACUAAGGAGGAUUAUGAAGAUUUGAGCACUUGUCUUCGAGAGAAGGUCCUGAAGGCAUCGGUGCCUCCAAUAUUCGAAAUUCUCAAAAAACGUCCUGCGGGAUUUCCUGAAUUUGUUCCCUAUGUAGGAGAGAAUGCAAAAUUGCAAGACUAUACUGAACUUAACGAUUCGCAUGACAGUUUUGAUGAAUUCGAAAUGUUGGAGUAA